CAGUUCUCCUCCUCCUCCUCACUUCUUGUUACAUGUGAGCAAUAAAUACAGCAGCUGGGUUCUUCAGCGUUCUGGUCCUGUCAGGGUGGAGCUACAGGCUCUCCUCUUGAAACGUCUCCCUCCUGCAGCCCGAGCUCAGUUGUUUUGAAGGCAUGGACGAAGAAAACAAAAUGCUGUCUCGUCCCAUCUUCCGUCGAGACGUGAGCUGGGACCCCUUCCCCAACUGGACUCAGCCGAGCCGCAUCUUUGCACAGGAUUUUGGGCUCCCUCCUUUCCUGGAACCAAGUGAUCUGGACUGGCUGGACUGGGCGAAGAAGAGGCUGGCAUCUUUCUCCUGGCCUGGGUUCACUCAGUUGCCCCUUCUGCCUCCGUUCAUCGGGGACCCGAAAGAUUUGAGACAGCUGAUGAGGGGGGUGUCAGAGGUGCAAGCAGGGCAGAACAGCUGGAGGGUCAACCUGGACGUUAAUCACUUUUCACCAGAGGAAAUCACAAUUACAACUAAGGAGGGUUAUCUGCAGAUCUCAGGAAAACAUGAAGAGAAGCAGGACGUGCAUGGAUCUGUUUCAAGAUGCUUCACUCGUAAAUACAAGCUGCCACAGGGGGUGGAUCCGGAGCAGAUCAGCUCCUCCCUGUCAGGAGGAGUCCUGUCAGUCAAGGCCCCGGUUCCUGCGACGUCCAUCAGCAACCCGAGUGACGAGAUCGUCGUACCGGUUCAGAUCAAACAGACACAAGAUGGCGAGAAGUGAGCAAAGAGGGCAGAAAACAACAGCCCAAGCUGAGGACUGACAUAGAAAAGAAACAUUAAUCGGAGCUCCAAGUGUAAAAUAAAAAUGUUUAAAAAAUAUCACUAACACCUUUUUUUAUAUUUGGUUCUCAUUUUGAGUGUCAAAUCCUAAUCCCACUAACAUUUUACUGUUUUAUAGCUCACCGUUGCUAAUUUUUACUAAAUGUAAAAUUUAAAUGUUAUAUGAAUGUUAUAAUUGUUAAAUUCUAAAUCAAAAUAUAUAAAUCUUAAAGUUAAAUCUUAAUUGUUGUGGUUAAAUGUUGAAGUUUACAUUAAAGUAUUUCAGAAUGCAACACAGCUUUUUCCGUUGGUACUCGACUCUUGUAGACAUCAUCAUCCUGAGACAAAAGCAAAUGCUAACGCCGCUAACAUGCUAAAUGCUGCUGAAGAUGCCACUUAAAGAUUUAAUUUAUGCAAGAAAACAAAUAAUUGUAUAGUUUUCAUCAAAACAGUGCACUCUGUAAUGAUCAAGAAUCAUCUUCUAUACUAAUCUCAUAUAACCAAAUGUAUUUAAAGGAUUCUGAGAUGUAUAUUUAAAAAUAAAACAAUAUUUUAAUGAAC